AUGAUCCAUGCACAAAAUAUUUGGAAAGUUGUGUUGAUAAGAAUUACUUUUUCUCAGAAAAUUAUCAAGCCCAAAAAGUUGAUGUAUACAAUUUGCACACUGGUGACCUAGAGAUUUCAUUACAUAAACGUGUUCCAAUUAUCAAAACAUCAGCACUUUCAUCAUCAAAUACUAAUGAAUCAAUAUUCUCUUUAUCACAAUAUGAGUAUAUGAUUGCACAUUGUUCUAAUUUAAAUGUUAUCACCUUAUAUUUGGUUGAAAAUGGUUUAGAGAUUACUACAAAAAGUUUUCCACAAAUUUUUAGAAUUUUGUUUAUAACAUUUAUUGACAACGACACAAAAUUAUUCAUUGUUGCACAAGAUUAUGCUUGCAAUGAAGAUAAUGAAGAUGACAAAGAAACUGUUGAUAAAGCAAAACUUAUUAUUAAAAUUAUAAUUUGGGAUAUUUUUGGUACCAACAACUUUUACCAACAAUUUGAUACUGACAAGGAUUCGAAUUUAAUGUGUUUAAUGUAUGCAAACUAUAAAGAUUUUUUUGCUUCUAGUUUUGGUAGAAUUUAUUCUUUAGAUGAAGAUGGUAAUUUGCUUUCCUUGUUGGAUCAUCCUGAGAUAUCUCACCUUUUGAAAGGCAAUGGAAUGUUACAAACCUAUUUUGACAAUUUAUCACUCAACAACAAUAAUGACAAUGAAAAUUAUCAUAUGAUUUACAAUUUGGAUAAAAGUUUUAGUAAUAUAAAAGAUAAAGAUGAUUUAAUAGCCAACAAUAUAGAACCUUGGAAUAAAAAAUACAAGAGAAUUUCUGUAUUUUUAAAUGAUGAGAGAACAACCCAACUUAUCAUUGGAAAAACAACAAUUCAG